AUGCGGGUAGCCUCAAUUCUCACCAUGGCAGCUCUAGCCGCCGCCGAAACCACCACAACAAUCGGCUUCCUCGGCGCCGACUUUGUCGACAUCACCAUCCCAUCCUACACGAGCAUCGCCGCCAGCAUCACCGGAAUCAACGCGUUAGCCACCACCUACGUGGUGAAAUGUCUCAAAGACGCCCCGAAGUCCGACUGCCACAUCGAAGACCCCUGGACCAUCAUCCAAGGCCAGAACACCAUGAGCUUGACCGGUGUCUACACUGCCUGGAGCACGGGGGAUGUCAAUGCCGUAACUGCCACCCGUGACAUCCAGUGCUCUUUUACUGCGAUAUCGGAAUCCGUGUCUUGCUCGAUUAGUUACCAGAUGACCGGCACGGUCAACGGUAUGUCGACUAGCACUUCGACUUCCACUUCGACGAAGACUAUCCCGACAGAUAAGAUCACCUACUAUGGUCUGGCGGUUACGGGUGGCAUAGAAUCUUUCACUGCUACUGAGGCUACACACACUCCGAGUGGUGCUGCUGGGGCUCAGAAGCCGUUGAUUACGGCGGCGCCGAUGGGUGUUGCGGCUGCUCUUGGUUUGGCGGCUUUGCUUUGA